GAAAUUCCUCAAACCCUCCAACGCUUUACGUUACUUACAAUUUCUAAAAUAUCGUAGAAUACAUGGAUUUCCAAAUAAUUCAAAUGUUAGCAAAAGUUUUCUUUACUGUUCGUUUAAAGAAAGUGUCAUACGUUUAUCGUUUAUUUAACGUUAAUACCCUGAUUUUUAAAUGAAAGGAAGUGCACAAUACUCAUCGUAACGGACGUGGACACUGGUGUAGACCACGAAAUUCGUUUGCGACGAAAUAUUUUUACUUUCCAUACUGUACAAGAGUUAGGUAUUCUAUAUUAUUGAAUCUGAAUCAAGCCAAUAUUAUUUUUAACAUAGUUUUUUACGAAAACUAAAUGAUACGAACGAGACAAAUCGUUCGGAAAGGUGUAAUUAUAAAUUGUCAUUGUGUCAGAAAUACUGAAUUGAUUCUUGACAUUUGCACGCAUUAUUUUAGGUAUUCGACAUUUUGGUCGGUGCUUAAUUUAUAUUUAAAAUAAUUUGCAAUUCGUGCAGUGUCGACGCUAAUGCGACGCUUCGUUCCAACAGUUUCGACGCGGCGCGUUAGUGUUAACAGACACAGUAUGACCCGUGUAGGUGGCAUUAGCACAUCAGUUGCAUUAAACUUCUGAUUUCUUUCGUAUUUUUCGCGAUUUCGUGCUGAAAUCGAAAGAAAAAUGUUAAAUUCACGCUUACGUUAGUCGCGCAGUGAAACACGCGUGUGGUUACAAUUUUCAGACUCGCGAUAGUGCUAUAUUAAUCGCGGUGGUUAAGUACGGGUGAACAGUGGAAAUUUUCAUAUUAGGGAAUGUAAGUGUAUGCAUGUUCGUGCAAACAAUGAAGGCAAUACAUGCGAAGGCGCAUGAUAACGUGUUGACAAUAUCUAUUCUUAAUUGUGGUUUUUAGUUCCUCGCAAUUGAGAAGAAUAAGUAUAAAUGAUUCAUGUUUUAAUUGUAAAGUUAGAACGUUUAAUUUUCUUAUACUUUUCUAAUAAUAACAAAGGAUAAAAAUUGCAGUAUCUACGAUGUAAUCGUCGAAGGAUGAACAAAAACGAGGAAGGUUUCAUAUGUUAUUUCAUCAAGUAAGAUUCUGCACUCGAAGGAUUGUAUUAAAAGGUACAAGAAGAGCAUUUAUUUAUCUUGAAAUUCGGCGACUGGUCUGUGAGACGAACUGAUGUGACAUUAGCAAUGCUGAUGUUUUGAGCGAAGUGCAUAGAAUUCCCGCGUUUUCCUAAAUAUCAGCUGAUACUUAUCAACGGUAGAAAUGAGACGUCGACAGGCGACGCCACCAUUGCCAUUGCGGGCAUGAUACGGACGCGGUACGCGGCAGUUACGCACGUGUAUCCGUCGAGUGACUGGCGAACGGCAACUACAGCCACGCGGUCAACAUUGUCGGUGUGCGCUCUUCUUCCCUCUUCGUUGCUCGUUUACACACGUGCAUCAGAUUCAGGCGUGUGCCGGCCUCGCGCUCCCUCCCGACAUGCUCGUCUCGCCGCCGUUCAGUACUUUUUCGGCUGCUAACGGGAAGGUAUCUCGUGACCAGUGAACUUACCCGCGUGUACGAGAAGACACACGAUGCCGGACAAAGUCGCGCCGGCCGAGAGGCAAAUCCUCAAGACGGCCAACACCGCCAACGACGCCGACGACGACGAUCACGACGCGGUGAAAUUGAAGAAAGAGCUUGGCCUGUUAGACGGUGUGGCGAUUAUCGUCGGGAUCAUCGUCGGCGCCGGUAUAUUCGUAUCUCCAAAAGGUGUGCUACGAAACAGCGGCAGCGUCGGCCAGGCUUUGAUCGUUUGGAUCUUCUCCGGGGUAUUGUCUCUGAUCGGUGCACUAUGCUACGCGGAAUUAGGUACCAUGAUCCCGAAGUCCGGCGGGGAUUAUGCUUACAUUAGCGACGCUUUCGGACCCUUACCGGCCUUCCUUUACCUCUGGGUCGCAUUGUUCAUCCUGGUCCCAACUGGGAACGCGAUCACAGCCCUAACGUUCGCACAAUACAUCCUUCAACCAGUUUGGCCCGGUUGCGUACCUCCCUACGCAGCGGUUCGGUUACUCGCCGCGGUCAUUACAUGUUUAUUGACCGCUAUUAACUGUUACAACGUGAAAUGGGCCACCAGGGUGCAAGACAUUUUCACGGGGACCAAGGUUUUCGCGUUGGUAAUCAUUAUGGUCGCCGGCCUGGCUUGGCUCUGCAUGGGCCACACGGAAAAUUUUCGCCAUCCCAUGGAUGGGACCAAUACUCAACCCGGUUACAUCGCCUUGGCCAUUUACUCCGGCCUCUUCUCUUAUUCCGGAUGGAAUUAUUUGAAUUUCGUUACCGAGGAACUGAAAGAUCCUUACAAAAAUUUACCAAAGGCAAUUUGCAUAUCAUUGCCGUUGGUGACCGUGAUUUAUGUCCUGGCGAACGUUGCGUAUUUUGUAGUGUUAACACAAGACGAAAUUCUCGCGUCGAACGCUGUCGCUGUUACGUUUGGCGAUAAGCUGUUAGGCGUGAUGUCUUGGAUAAUGCCGUUCUUCGUGGCCUGUUCAACCUUCGGGGCAUUGAACGGAGCAAUUUUCGCAUCAUCCCGAUUGUUUUUCGUAGGCGCCCGCAACGGACACUUGCCCAUGGCGAUUGCGCUUAUCAACGUGCAAAACUUGACUCCUAUGCCAUCGCUCAUUUUCCUUUGCAUUAUCACCCUGGCACUUUUGAUCAUAGAGGAUGUCUAUGUGCUAAUCAAUUAUGUCAGCUUCGUUGAAGCACUAUUCACUACGCUCUCGGUGUCUGGUCUCCUCUGGCUUCGCUACAAAAGUCCUGAGCGUGAACGACCUAUAAAGGUCUCGAUCGUGUUACCUAUUAUAUUCUUCAUAAUCUGCGCCUUCUUGGUAACGUUGCCUUGUUAUGUGUCGCCAUGGGAAGUCGGCAUCGGAGUGAUCAUCAUCUUAUCAGGCAUUCCCAUGUAUUGGAUCUUUAUUUAUUGGCAACAGAAACCGAAAUGGCUCGUGAAAUCGUCUCAUGAUUUUAACAUGGUUUGUGCGAAAUUAUUCAUGUGCGUGCAAGAAGAAAAGAGGGAUUGAUGACUAAGUGGCCUUUUUACCGUAAUGUAUAGUUUUUAUAUAAAAAUUUGUACGAAUGUGUCAGUGCCGCAUAAACUCGUCGAUUCGUCUGUCUAUAAACUCUGGCAAUUGGUGGAGAGCAGAAGACGGAUUACGAACAGCAGGUAAUUCUUCAUCUAGUCUAGUUUCAAAUAAAAUUCAGCGCAACAUUCCGAGGGAGUAUAAUAACAAUCAUUAUUCAAGGAAUGUCGAUUCAGAAUAUAAACGAUCGAAUCACUUGAUCGUAUUUUUGUGAAUUCUGUCAAUCGAUAGAUUUUUUUAACUUUUUCUACCAAUUUGACACGACGAUUACCUAACUGCAGCAUAUUGCUCGUACGUUGAAGAACGAUAGACUCUGACUUCUUGAAAGUUUAUAAAAUGUCUACUAGAAUUAGUUACAAGGCUGUUCAUUGCAUCUUAUAGAUAAUGCUUAUGCGUAAAAUCGUAAGAAUGCAGAGUUGCAAACGCGUAUAUACGAUAGGUAUAUAUUAUUAUAAUUAAUUUGAACUAGAUCGCACUCGAUUCAUUGACGCAUAGAAACCUGUUCGAAACUUGGUCGUAUCCUGCGUUGAAAAAUGUUAUCAAACAUUUUUAAUAAGUCAUAAUGGAGAUUCUGAAUUGCAGAGUACAGCUGAAGCAUAGGAAUUCAUACGCAUAAUAAAUGUAAUAUAAGUAGCGUAAGUGUACAACGUAUUUAAACUAUUUAAUUGUAUAUACAUGCACACGGAACGAUUAUCAAUUAUUUAUCGUGAUUUCUAUAUCGAUAGACUACCUUGUUCAGCUCAAUAAGUCGAGGGUAACUCAGUGAUAGUAAUCUAUUGUCUGCCGCACUUCUCGAUUCCAUUUGUCAAUAAGUUAGUCGAUAGACUAGUAAAGAAAUAAUUCAUUUAGAAUUAAAAAUUUCGUUGAUAUAUCCGAUUAUCACAGAGAACGUUUUAUAACGAGUCGGUACUAACAGCGAACUCUCUUUAUUUAUUAAUUAAUGUUCGCGCUAACGUACACGACACGUCUGGUCAAAUUAUGCAUUUAAAAACUAGGAAAAUUGAACUGUAACUAGCGCACAGUGUGUUACGAAAUAUUUUAUAGGAUAUAAAGAGAAACGUAGAUUUAAAAAAAAGACGAUAUUUUAUACAUCACAAUACUGCGCAAAUUUAGUAAUCGUGUGUAUAAUCGUUUUUAAUUUCACCAGCCUUUUUUUUUAAGAACGUUGCUGCGGAUGUUUAUGCAUUUUAAAUAACUUUCGACUGGAAUCGAAAUUCACAUCACCUUCCUGGCUUUCUGUAUUUUUUAUUAAGAACGCGUCAAUAUCCACAGUCAUGAUUUUAACUACGUAUAUUUAAUUUAGAAAAUAUAUAGCGUUUAAGGAAGACCUGAAUUCUGUCCACGUGGGAGAAAUAUGACGAAAUAAUAUUUAUUGUUUCAAUAUACGAUCAAUUACGAGUGAAAACUGUAUGAUCGACUGAUAGCAUGUGCCUUGAUAAUGUGCGCCGUGCAUAUAGCAAUGGAAACUCCUAAAACAAUCAUGUGUUCGGAACUAGUUACGAAAUACUUGAUAGAGCAUCAAUUAUUAUACACGAAUGAUAUAAAAUACGAUAAAUCUUGUUAGUAACAUUUUGAAGAUCGAAGUUAAUCGAAAGUAUCAUGGGAAAAAGUGUGUAGAAAUAACACAGCAACGAAUAUUGUAACAAUAAGCAUGACGAUGCAACAGAUUUUAUUUAUAUAUAAUGCAAUAAAUAAAAAAUGUUGAAUACGGCAAUGUACGCAUAUAUAUAUAUGAUGUGUAUAUAUAUAUAUAUAUAUUUGCAUUAAUUUACAAUACAGAAUAUUUUACGUAUCCAUACACAAUAGAAUAAUCUUAAUUUUGGAAAUUAUUUAUUAUUGUAUAUAUUGUACUAUGUCGAAAAUUGGCUGCAUAAUAAGAAUCCAACUUAUUUCUA